UGUGCGCGUGCGCAGUGGAGGAGAGAGGGUCCGGCGAGUAGCAGCCAGCCCCGCCGCGCGUUCUAUUUACGAUUUCCGUACGAAUCCCGAACGGCGAGCGGGCGCUCCGGCACCCCCGAAGUUGCAAAGGACUUAAAAAUGGAUCCCGAAAUGUUUCUCGAUGUCGCCAACCAGGUGGCAAAGCUCAAAAUGUACCCGUACUUCGACAUUGCCCACUGUAUAAUCACCUGCCUAUACCUGCGCGAGGACUUAGGAGCCGGUUCCCAGCUGUUCUCAAGGAAGCACCCAAUGUCCUGCUGGAUAUCGAGCAUGUUUUCCAUUUUUGCUGGCGGGAUCUUGUCAGCGUUUCUGCUGGGUGAGCCCGUCCUGGGAGCCCUCAAGAACAACCAGCAGAUACUGCUUGCUACUGCAGUGUGGUACGCCAUCUUUUACUCGCCCUUUGACCUCGUGUACAAGAUAUGCAAGUUUUUCCCCUGCAAGCUUGUGAUUGCGCUGAUGAAGGAGGUCACGAGGUGCAAGAAAGUUCACGACGGCGUCCUGCAUGCUGCCAAGAUCUAUCCCAACAGCUACCUCAUCAUGAUCAUCAUUGGCGUUGUCAAAGGUAACGGGUCAUCAUUUCUCAAAGUCUUCGAGCGGCUACUCCGCGGCUUCUGGACUCCAGGAGCCAUGGAGAUCAUGCAGCCUAGCUUCGCUACGAAAGCAUGCCUGGUGGCCUCGGUGAUCUUUGUGCUGGACAAGAAGACGGAGUACGUCUCGGCACCACACGCGCUCGUCUACCUGGGCAUCGUGGUGUUCCUGCUUUACUUCAAGCUGUCGGCCAUGCUCCUGGGCAUCCACGACCCGUUCCUGCCCUUUGAGAACCUCUUCUGCGCAGUCUUCCUGGGUGGUGUCUGGGAUGCCUUGGGACGGGCACUCACUUCCAGCCGUGGAGGUGAGGGCAAGACAGAUGCUGCCAAGAAUGGAAAGUCCGAAGCCACCAAAAAGAAGGACUGACGUUGCGGCCCCUCCCAACUCGCUGCACGUCGUGUUCACUGCGAGACGUCACUGCUUCCUCCCUCUUUUUUCCAAUUUCCUCCAGGGACACACCAGCGACAAAACAAGGUUGUGUGUGUGUGUGCAAAUGGGGUCUACCGCCGCACGAGCGAGUUUUCUCCGCUGCCAAGUGCCGGACUCUUGUUGGAGAGAAAGGAGCUGGGGGAGUCUCGUUCUCAAGGAAGAAUUGCAAGAGUGUGUGCCUUGUUUUGUGUUUGUUGGGGUCAUUCUGUUACCAUCCUCUUCUGUGAUUGUUGAACGCCCACCCACCCGGUGAUUUGGACAAAGUUCCCACACAAACUUCCAUUUUAUUUACAACAUUUUUUAAUACCAGACGCAAGUAACAUCUUUGUACCUUAUUUCAAAGCCAGUACCACGCACUUCGUUGUGUCUCUUGCUUCAAGAACUGAAGGGAGUGGUUUUAAGUGUCGCACUAUCGUGUUGCCUACAUUUAUUUUAGCAUUUUUUUACCGAGUGGAGCAUGUUCUAGGCUAGUCUGUUAUAAAGGGCUGUAUACUAUGUCUACUUAACUAGCGUCUGCUCAAAAUAAGCUCUCCUUGAGUGUGAAAAGUUGCACUUCCUGUUUCCUAUUCUGUCUGAGAAUUUUGUUUUACACUUUCUAAACUGCAUUUUACGCACAAUGACGCAUAUGAAAAUGUAUUGUUUUUCAGUCUUGAGAUUCACCUCUGGCAUUCUGGUGACCAUGUGGAGCAGCUACCUGGUGCUUAAUAUAAUGUUAAUAUAACUUUAGUAUCCUGUAGGAAACCCCGUCUUCCUGUACAUUUAUGAAAAUGAGCCAUAUUUAGAAGUAAUAUUUGCAUUACAACUGAAUGUGCAUACAUGUGUGUGUGUAUAUAUAUAUAUAUGAUAUUGCACGUCACAUAUAGGGCACUGUGUAGUAUACACCAUAUAAGGUUCAAGUUAGGUUAACACAUACUGCGUCAGUUUUACAUGGGUAUAUUUCAUAGCUUUUGAGAUAAGCCAUCAGACUGGCAAGUGUGUUUUGGAGCGACGCGACUGAAUUAGAAGACUGAAGGAUUAGCUGAGAAUGUGCCAAAGCUAUACCCCGAAAAGCUCAGACUGUAGCCUUUUGGGCACGACUGGCGAACCAGCCCAUCACGUUGCAGUGGGUCAGUAGUUAAAACAUUCUGCUGCUGCGCAGAUGGUCAUGGGUUCAACUUCCAACCUUAGGCCAAAUUCUAAUGGGGUGGCAUGACAAAAUGCAAGUCAUGCAUUGAGACUUUGGUGCCUGUUGAGGUUACCUGGUAGCCCUUUUAAGGGGGGGGGGGGGAAUCUCUUAUAGUUGAGGCAUAGGUGUACGAGAAGUAAAAGCUCAGUCAGUUAGUGGUUUGCGGGCCACAGUCACGUUUGAUAGGCAGCGACUAGGGAUAGGAUAUGUGCCAGUACAAGAGAAACUGUGUUUGCUGGACACUCUUGUCGCAGUUCCAAAUGAAGCAGACUGCCACUCUGCACGGGGACAAGGGCACCCAUUUAUAAACCAAACACGGCCAUUUCACUGGUUAAAGAAUAUGCACUGCAGAUAUGGUGUCAGAUCUGUCAAAGCUGCCCCUCAGAGCUUGGUUUUCUGCCAGCAUUGUGGUGGCAACAAAAGCCUCUGGGCUUUAAUAAACAGGGCUGCAGUUCUCGGCUUUGCUGCAAAGCGUUCGCAAGCUCGGCUCUGCCCAUUUUUAAGUCCUUUGAAAACGUCAGCGACCACAUGAAGUGCCAAUGCCGAGAUGAACAAAAAAAGAGAGCAGAGCUAUGCGAAAGCUUGUAAUGAGAGUUGCUCACGUAACUGUUCAGCCAUACUAUAAGAAGAUGAAGUUUAUUCACCACUGGGUGGUGUUGUUUUUUUUUUAAUUAUUUAGUCCAUAAACGAGGACUUUGUUUACUGAAUCCUUUACCGUCGGCUCAAUAAUGAAAGUUCACAGAAGAAAUGAUGAUGUCCUAUGGCACAUGUAAUGUUGUAAUCCUCUGUGGCGUGAUUUACAGCAUUGAAUGUCGUACAGAUUAUGUGCGAGGGGUAUAACAAAGUCUGAAAUAGCUGUUUUUUUUUGUCCCCUCGCCACGUAUUGUGUCCUUAUGCUGAUCUGGUCAUUGAGCCUGAAGUGAAUGAGACUAUACACUUGUUCGAACAGUGUUCAUCGAAAUUUCGAAACUUGAAUAGCUGAAGAGCUUAAUGUAUGCAAUGUUAUUUUAUAAUAGGAGAUGAAGUCUGCAGACAUGCACAUUUGUUCAGCGAAACUUCCUUCGUAUUGCAGUGUCUGAUGAAGCACAGUUUGUCAAUUAUAGGGCAGCAUGUGCAAAGCUUCACACACACUGCAUCUUCAGUCCAGAUAUCGGCAUUGCAAUGUGUAAAAAAAAAGUUGUGGUGCACUGUUACAAUUAGCACUUAAAAACCGAGAAUGCCGGUGUUGCUGUUUCAUGUACUAGUGCAGCCAGUGAUUUGAUAGAGCAUCAUUGUAAUGAAACCUGGCAGCAAGGUAGUGGCACUUUCCACUUUUUGUUGUCCGCAACCGUUUAAUUAAACAGAGCAAAAAAUUGUUGUUUUACUCCCGUAGUCCACCUUAGCAUAAAAAGAUUGUGUGCAUCAAAUUUUAGCAGGACACAGCAGGCUUCCAUAAUGAUGACAGUUCGCUUGCACAGUUGUAAGUUGACGCACUGCACACAUGAAAUAGGCUGAAUGCAAAGUGCAGUGCUUAAGAUGUUCCUCUGACAGGGAAAGUGUUGCUAGUCCUUCUUUCUUGCUCCUUGUUAUCCUUAAGAUGUUUAAGACAAGGGACUGUUUUCUUUACAGAUCACUUUUCAGGGUUCUAGGCAUUGAGAAAGCCAAUAAGAGGAAUAAAAUAAGUUGUUCACCUUCCUA